AAUUAACUUGUACUUUUAGAUAACAGCAUGGCCAGCGAGUGACAGGUUGGCUUAGCCGGCUGGCUGUACUUUGAUUCAUAUCCCAUAAAUGUUUCUUUAUUUCCAAUUAAGCCAGAAAAUUAACGUUCUACAUAGCUUUAGCUGAAAUGGCAUCCAGAGGAAAAAGUGAGACCGAAAAGUUAAAACAUAACUUGGAAGAACAACUAGAUCGACUUGUGAAUCAGCUCAGUGAUUUGGAAGAAUGUAAAGAAGACCUUGAUGAUGGCGAAUAUGAAGAAACAAAAAAAGAAACACUGGAACAACUUCGUGAGUUUGAUGCAUCAUUAAAAAAGAUGAUGGCUGGAGACAUGACCUUGGUUGACCAGUUUAACGGUAUGCAACUGGCAAUACAAGCUGCUAUUUCUGAAGCAUUUAAAACCCCAGAAGUCAUACGAAUGUUUGCGAAAAAGCAGCCUGAUCAGUUAAGGCAAAAACUAGCUCAAAUGCAAAGAGAUGUUAGUUUGGGAAAACUGACUAAUGCAUCGUAUUGCCAACAAGGUGUAGAGAUUUUAACUGCACUGAAAAAACUUGGUGAAACUUUAACACCGACUGAGGUUGAAUUUAUGCAAAAGAACUCUAAUGAAGCUUUGAGCAAGUUUGAGAAAGUUACUGACAAUGUUGGCAGCGACAAAGUUUUAAAAAUGGCUGGAAGUGAGGUGAAACAAAGUCAAAACUGAUCACUAUACAACUCAAAGAUUUCUUUUUUUGUAACUAAACAUUUAUGCUCUUUAAAUUAAUCUAUCUAAAUUAUAAAUCAUUUAAAUUACAAUAUAUAGUACUGUGAUCACACUUUUUAUUUAAUUAUACCUUGUUCAUUUUUUUGGCAGGACAUAAAUACAAGAGACAUUAUCAUCAUUAUCAUUAACAGGACAAAAUGUUUUGGCUGUUCUGUUAAUUGAGAUUUAUGAUUUUUUGAAGGUUUCCAUCAAUUUUUUAGUGUUUCCUUGUCAGUUUUAACAAAAACUAAGUCAAAGAUUUUAAAAAUAAGAUUGUAAUAUUACAAUACAACUAGUCGGUAGCCAGUGGAAAAGUCCACAGGUUGCCCGUUCAUUUUAUAUCGCAUUGUGUGCGUCUACUUGCGGUACCAUUCUGCGUGACAGACAGACGCAUACGGGUAUUAUGAUAUAGAUAUUUUUUAAUAAAGCACAUAUCAUUUUUGUAACUGAAGGAUACAAUGUUUAUUAGCAUGUUAAAUUUAAGCCAUUUCUUGUCAUGGUUAGGCCGUCUUUCUAAUUCAAUUUUUUUUCCUUUAGCAAAAUAUUGCUACAUGAUAUGUUAUUUACGUGCUUGCUUUGUUAACACAUCAGCAAUAGCAGAGUUCUGAAGUGAAUUAGAAAAGCUGCCAUUUAAAAAAUUCAAAAACAAACAGCAAACAAACAAACUGCUAUAAUCAGUCAACUAGGGAAACCUCAGAAUAAUGAUCCAUGAGUGAAAAAAAAUGUAAUUCUAUAAACUGAGCAGCAUGUUGGCUUUGUAGAAAUUUUCUUGUGCCUUUUUUUUUACUUACGAUGUAAACAAAUUUUUGUUGUAAUGUUAUAAUUGUAUUUUUUGUGCACUAUUAUUAUGAUUUUUUGUCAGGCAAUACUUUUUUUCUUGCUUAAAAAUAAAUACUUAUUAAGUUU